AUGGCGGCGCUGCUGCUCCUGUCCGCCUGCAGCGUGCAGGCGGUGACGAGCGCGGAGGCCUCGUACAUCGCUCACCGCCAGCUGCUGGCCAUGAAGGAGGCCGGCGGCGGCGAGGCCGGCGACCUGCCGGCGGACUUCGAGUUCGACGACCGGCUAGGCGCCGGCGCCGGCACCUUCGCCAACCCGCGCCUCCGCCGCGCGUACAUCGCGCUGCAGGCCUGGAAACGCGCCUUCUACUCCGACCCCAAGGGAUACACCGACAACUGGGUCGGCAGCGACGUGUGCAAGUACAACGGCGUCAUCUGCGUGGAGGCGCUGGACGACCCCAAGAUCAUGGUGGUGGCCGGGAUCGACCUCAACGGCGCCGACAUCGCCGGGUACCUUCCCCCGGAGCUCGGCCUGCUCACCGACCUCGCCUUCUUCCACGUCAACACCAACCGCUUCUGCGGCAUCAUCCCCAAGAGCAUGUCGCGGCUGUCGCUGCUGCACGAGUUCGACGUCAGCAACAACCGCUUCGUCGGCGUCUUCCCCUACGUCUGCCUCGAGAUGGUGUCGCUCAAGUACCUCGACCUCCGGUUCAACGACUUCGAGGGCGAGCUGCCGCCGGCGCUCUUCGACAAGGACCUCGACGCCAUCUUCGUCAACACCAACCGGUUCGUGGGGUUCAUCCCGGAGAACCUCGGCAACUCCACGGCGUCCGUCAUCGUCUUCGCCAACAACGCCUUCGUCGGGUGUAUCCCCAAGAGCAUCGGCCGCAUGGUGAAGACGCUGGACGAGAUCAUCUUCCUCAACAACAAGCUGGACGGGUGCCUGCCGCUGGAGAUGGGCCUGCUGGUCAACACCACCGUCAUCGACGUCAGCGGGAACAUGCUCGUCGGCACCAUCCCCGAGCAGCUGUCCAACAUCGCCAAGCUCGAGCAGCUCGACGUGUCCCGGAACGUCUUCACGGGCAUCGUGCACGAGUCCAUCUGCGAGCUCCCGGCGCUCGUCAACUUCAGCUUCGCCUUCAACUUCUUCAACUCGGAGGCCGCCGUGUGCAUGCCGUCCGACAAGGCGCUCGUCAACUUUGACGACAGGGACAACUGCCUCGGCGCGCUGCGCCCGGCGCAGAAGACCGCGCUGCAGUGCGCCCCCGUGCUCGCGCGCCCCGUCGACUGCAGCAAGCAUGUGUGCGCUGGGUACCCGACGCCCGGAGGAGGGCCGCCGUCGUCGGUGCCAGGGAAGCCGCCAUCGGUACCCGGGAAGCCGUCGGUGCCAGGGAAACCUGCUGCGCCUGCGCCCAUGCCGUCCCCGCAUACACCGCCGGAUGUAUCGCCAGAGCCGCUUCCAGAGCCAUCGCCGGUGCCUGCACCCAUGCCGAUGCCGACCCCUAAGUCACCGCCGGCGGACGAUUAUGUACCAACACCACCUGUACCCGCGAAGUCACCGCCAGCGACCUCGCCGCCGGCAGCACAAGGUGCUCCACCGCCUCCAAAGUCAGCCUGGCUCCCAGGGACACCGGAGCGGCCCAAGGUGCCACCGCCUCAGGUGCAACCUCCUCCAGCUGCCUCCUCCCCGCCUCCGGCACCGGUGAAGUCGUCUCCUCCGCCGGCACCAGUGGCAUCACCACCGCCACCUGCAAAGACUCCUUCUCCACCGGCCCCUGUUGCUUCACCACCACCACCUGUGAAGUCUCCCCCACCACCAGCACCAGUGAGCUCUCCACCACCACCCGUGAAAUCACCUCCCCCACCAGCACCGGUGGCAUCACCUCCCCCGCCUGUGAAAUCACCUCCUCCGCCGGCACCAGUGGCCUCUCCACCUCCACCGGUGAAAUCUCCGCCACCGCCGGCUCCCGUGAGCAAACCUCCUCCUCCGGUGAAGUCCCCACCACCACUAGCUCCGGCGAAAUCAACCCCACCUCCAGAGGAAUACCCAACACCACCUACUCCGGUGAAGUCAUCGCCGCCUCCGGAGAAGUCUCCACCUCCACCCACUCCGACUACCUCUCCACCAGAAAAAGAGAAGCCUACUCCUCCAUCAACUCCGUCUAAGCCACCUUCAACUCCAGAGAAGCCUACUCCUCCAUCAACUCCGUCUAAGCCACCUUCAACUCCAGAGAAGCCACAACCGCCACCAUCUCCAGUUGAGACACUACCUCCACCAAUAAAGUCUUCUCCACCGAAAGAACCAGUUAGCUCACCACCGCCUACACCUAUGUCAUCACCUCCACCAGCUCCUGUAAGCUCACCGCCUCCAGUGAAGUCUUCUCCACCUCCAGCACCAGUGAGCUCACCACCGCCUACACCUAAGGCAUCACCUCCACCAGCUCCUGUAAGUUCACCACCUCCAGUAGAGAAGACUACUCCACCACCAGCACCAGUCAGCUCACCACCUCCGGUCGUAAAGUCUUCUCCACCACCAGCACCGGUUAGCUCGCCACCAAUGACGCCUAAGUCAUCAGGCCCACCUGCACACGUGAGCUCACCACCUGAAGAGGAGGAGUCAUCCCCACCACCGGCACUGGUCAGCUCACCACCAUCAGAGCCCAAGUCAUCACCGCCGGCAACAGUUAGCUCACCACCGGCGACGCCUAAGUUGACACCUCCACCAGUUGUUGUGAGCUCACCACCUCCAGAGGUGAAGUCUUCUCCACCGCCGGCACCAGUCAGCUCACCACCACCAACGCCUAAGUCGUCACCUCCACCUGCUCCUGUGAGCUCACCACCUCCAGUAGUAAAGUCUUCACCACCACCGGCCCCAGUCAGCUCACCACCACCUGUGCCUAAGUCGUCACCUCCACCUGCUCCUGUGAGCUCGCCGCCUCCAGUGGUAAAGUCCUCUCCACCACCGGCACCAGUCAGCUCACCACCACCGGCACCUAAGUCGUCACCUCCACCUGCUCCUGUGAGCUCGCCGCCUCCAGAAGUGAAGCCACCACCAGCACCAAUUAGCUCACCACCGCCAGCGCCUAAGUCGUCACCUCCACCUGCUCCUGUGAGCUCACCACCACCUCCAGUGAAGUCACCACCACCACCGGCACCGGUCAGCUCACCACCACCUCCAGUGAAGUCACCACCACCUCCAGCACCAGUGAGCUCGCCACCACCCCCGGUGAAGUCACCACCACCACCGGCACCGGUCAGCUCACCACCACCUCCAGUGAAGUCACCACCACCUCCAGCACCAGUGAGCUCGCCACCACCCCCAGUGAAGUCACCACCACCACCGGCACCGGUCAGCUCUCCACCACCCCCAGUAAAAUCUCCUCCUCCACCGGCACCGGUUAGCUCUCCUCCGCCGGAACCAGUUAGCUCUCCUCCACCAGCACCAGUGAAGCCGCCAUCGCUACCACCACCGGCCCCAGUAAGCUCACCUCCUCCGGCGGUCACCCCUGCCCCACCAAAGAAAGAAGAAUCAACACCAGCACCACCGGCAGAAUCCCUACCUCCACCUUCAUUCAACGACAUCAUCCUUCCACCUAUCAUGGCCAACAAGUACGCAUCUCCGCCUCCCCCUCAGUUCCAAGGGUAUUAA